AUGAUAAAGGCGUUCUUCGCCCUUACCGUUCCUCCUUGGGCGUGUCUGGGCUUGUCGGGCUGUGAGGACUCAACCGACUUAACCUGUAUUUUGCAGACGAACAUGGGGGAGCUUUCGGCAGACACUGCCACAAGUACCGGGGCCUCGAUUGCCAGGGACGUGCUUUUCUUCUUGGGCCGCAAGCCCAUGCCGGAGCUCAUCCAGUACAGCGAGGAGGAGCUGCGGAAUUCGGCCAUCAGUGACUUGGAGCCAAGAUGCUCCACACCGCUAUCAUCCAUACAGAGUCUGAGCACAGACGAGGUCGCAUAUGCUCUCCUGGUCGAGUCGAUCCUGUCGCGGGACCCGACGGGUCAUUCGGGAUUGACCGGCAUGAGCUUAGAAGACCAGCGGAACACGCUCAUCGUGGCGAACAAUCAGAGGCUCCGUAACAAGUCAAUUGCAGAACUGCAGGCGUUGAAUUCCUACCAGAACAGUCGCCUAGCUUACGAUUGGCUUCUUCCAGCGCUUGCCAGCCCCCUCAUCGACAGCAUUGGAAACCUGGCACUGGGCACAGCGACGUUCCAAGCGUCUGCGCUGAACAACAUCUCCAGUCCUCCCUCUACUGUUGGCAUGGAUGUGGCGUGCAUUCGCUACCAUGACGGAUUGAAGAAAUGGAUCGCAGUGUACCACAAGCAACAACCGCCUGACGAUCUCUUUGAUCUUUAUGUCGCAGUGGGGCCCAGCCCAAAUUCCCUCGAAGUGACAGCGGUUCUUGGGACAAAGGCCUCCAUGGGCCAGUUCCACUUCCUUGGGGGCGGAGUGCUACUCCUCUAUGAGCAGAACAAAUGUGGCGGGCCCUCGGUCGCGGUGGCCUACUACGAAAGCCUGGAAGAUUUCCUAAGUGGGCAGAGCGACCCGAAGACGUUUGUGUCCCAGCAGACCUUAGGCGGGAGUGCCGAAGGCACGCCAUCGCUCACCGUCCUCGAUGAGACGGCAGAUGAGUUGACCAUCGGCAUGCACUGCUACAUAAGUAAAGAUGGUAGGAAGGUUGACCAACAGGCGGUGGCAGUGCUUAGUGGGUUCCUUCGAGGCUCGAGUACAGACUGGCAGUGGCAAGCGCAACUGCUCAAAGUGGUGAAUGAUUGGCUUCCGGAGGACGGCUUCACAGGGAAAUUGGGCUCACGGAGUUCGUUCUACUGGACCGAAGAGCGGUGGUUUAUCAUGGAAGCUCAGGGCGAGCUGGACAACUGGUACACUUGGAGGAUCUUUUUGGGUGAUGGGCUCGGGUUCGUAAAGGUACCGAUUCGCAUGGCAUCCAACUCCACCGCCAAUCCAGUCUUCACUACCUUCUCGAACUCCUCCGAGCGAGUGGCCGUAAACAUGGGUGAGGCGGAUGCCCCACCAUUCGAUCCAGAGGAGCGGUUUCUUGACAUCUCCGCUGCUAGCCUCGAGGAGCGGCUCAAGGUGGUCCAGCUCGUGCUCGAAGACCUCACUUCGCGGCCUGAGGCGGACAGCCAGAAAUUGCGGCUGCUGGUCCCCACGGAGCUUUUUGGGUCUGUCAUGGGCCACCGUGGGGAGACCUUGCGCAACAUCAUCCAGACCAGCCGGGCCCAGGAUGAAUGUGCGGUGGAAGAGCUCUUGGAUCUUCUUCAGGACGCGAAGCUCACGCCAUUCACAUUGUUUUGUAUCAGCGUGAGGCCCUGGGAUGAAGCCAGAGAGCUCGAGGCCUUAAAGUUAGUCUUCGGCAUGCUCACGCAGCUCCGGAACCAGCCGGAGGUGCCUCCACUCCCUCCUUUGCCCUCGAAGUUGGGUGUCCGCAGACCCUCGACGCUCGGAGCUAUCGGGAGCAAUAUGCCGUUGAAGAUCCCCACAGACGUUGAGAUUCCCCCUUUUGCCGACCGCAGCUUCACGUUUCCCACAGACCAUACUACGGAUCAUGUGGACAACAUGGAGCUCUUGGGCCCCGCAGCCUUUGACCAGCUGGAUUACAGGGACCUCAUAGGCUCUCUGACCUUGGGUUCAACGGACUACGGCGAGAUGGUGAGGUCCAUCUCUUUUGACAUCCCCGCCGGUGGAGGCUAUGGUCAAAGACCUCCAGCCCCGCGUCUCCACCGCUUCCACGUGCGCGGUAAAGCUGAAGUCUUCGCCGAGGAUGGAAGAUCAUUCACCAAGAAGCAGAAGGGCCGGUUGUCUCUGGUGUCUGAGGAUCGCGUGCACAAGAAAGGUGUGGAGAGGUACCAGGUCUCUUUUCUGUCCGGUGAACUCAGCCGGGCAGAUGGCGUUGGUAUCAUCUUCUCCUCGCACCUGCCGAAGAACUCCGACAUCCAGCAAAUCGUGUCAGUGUUUCUGAAUCGCACUGGCCGCCUGUGCAGCCGUGUGAACCAGCGUGUAAUCCGCAUUGCCUCCACUCUCCCGCAAAUCGAGUUGGGGGAUGUCAUUGAGGUGGAAAAUGACAUCGACAUGCGCUGCGCCACGUUCACUAUCUGGUCCGCGUCUGGUGCAGCUCCCGCUACGACAAUGGUCAGCUAUGUUCAGGUGGCAGAACAGCUGACGGCUACGCCGGGUCAGUCUAUUCCUGGCCACCUUGCCGUAGUCGUGAAGAAUCCGGGCGUGUCUGUCGCAUUCCUGAGCUGA